AUGGAAAAGUGGAAAGGAUCUUUUGCACAGUCUCAAUUAGAGAAAUUUGGAUGGUCAAGUGGAGAAGGUCUUGGUAAAGAGAAAAAGGGCAAUGUGAAGCACAUUAGUGUGACAAUCAAGAAUGAUAAGAAAGGUGUUGGUGUUAAUAAAGGUGAUUGGGAAUUCGCUUGGUGGGAUCACCUUUAUAACAAAAGUGCUAGCUCAGUAGUAGUUGAAAAGGACGAGACAAAAGGAGAAAUUAAAGUAGCAACGAAAAACAAGGGAGACCAUCGUCGUUCAAGGACAGGCAUUAUUUCUACACAACGACCUACAGGUAAAUCAGUUGUAGUCGAUUCAAGCACGUCAUCCCCUUCUAGUAGCAUGACAUCCAUCGCUGAUGAUCGCAACAUGAUGGAUUCGGUGAAAGACAUUCAUAUAAACAUGGCACAACGAUUAGCUAAUGCUUCAUUGUACGGAUCAUUUGUUAAAAGCGCAUCUACAUCGGAAGCAGUUACACCUAAUGAUUCUUCAGAUGAUGAAUUAAAAGAUUAUUCUAUUAAAGUUUCAGAUGCCGAGUUAUUUGCAGCUUGUGAAGGUCGCACGGCUCGUAAGGGAGGUCGUGGUUUAGUAGAUCAGACGGGCAAAUUCAAGCGAGUG